UUUACGACAUGGCGGUAUCCUGUAGUCUCGAGUGGUUUUAUGUCAAAGUUAGAGCGCUGACAAUUGGCAAUUGGUAUGUGCUUUCUGAUGAGGUGUUUCUUGGACGUGGAUGUCCUGUAACUGAAGUGUGGCAGGACUUUUACAUAUUUUUGUACCCUACAACUGACUGUGACAUCCAAUAUGAGAUUUUAAAAGGGAAGAUCGUUUUUACCUCUGUGGUAACAUUUGUUUCAAAAACAACGCCAAGGCGAGCAUUCGUGUUUGUCAGGUGUACUAUUGAGCAAGACAAACCAUCACCACCUCCCACUACAUACAUCGACCCAAGGCAGUCCAAAUGGCUGGCUUCUGCAGUUUAUGAAGAGGAAAUUGAGGAGAUGUUAAAGUACACAGAACCUCUUUCCAAAUUUUAAAACAUACUUUUCUUCUCCAUCAAUAUUGAUGAAGUCAAGGAAGUGCCUAACAUUAGAUCAUUGUAGAUCCUAUGCUGCAUUUUCUCUUCAAUGGGAAAUAGAAGUGGGCUACAUAAUGUGAUAUAUGGAGCAACUGCAGCUGCCUGAGGACUGAGAAACAAUACCUAA